AUGGCUUCCACUUCUCGUUUAACCUUUGCGUCGGUCUGGGGGUUUGAAAACACAGGGGUUCUUGUGAUGAAGGGACGCCUGGAAGGCCCUGUCUCCAAAGCUGCUUGCAUAUUAGCUCGCUACAUCGAGGAACAAGAAAACAAGGACCUCUUAGAUGUGCCACGGGUUUACCGGCUGGAAGUUCCAUCUGUGCUCCAUGAUCCGAUCCCCGCUCUAAACCAAAACACUGACGCCCAGGAGGGAGACCUUCUGGCCCUUGGAGCUUCACACGAGGAGGAAUUCAUUCCUCAUUCUCGAGUCACCAAGACCUGGGUUUCCUCUGAUGGUGGUGCGGGCUGCUUCGCUCUUCGGUUUCAAAGCAUACUCCCAGAGAUCUCAAAGUUGACGGGCACGGAGAUUGCCAUUGUUGAAGACAAAGGCGUCCAGGUCUCCGCAGAAAACGAGGAUGAUGUAGACGAUGCUUUGGCGAAAAUCAGUACAAUUGAGAAACCGCUGAUGUGCAUUUGCAAUCCCUGUGCUACGAACAUGGGUAUCUCGCCGGAUGACGAGUCCACUCGCUUCCAGAUGCGAUAUUACAGCAAUCUGAACCAGGCCGCCAAGCGCCGCAUACUCACUGACGCUGAUCUGAGCUCAACGUCAGGACUUUUCCAAAGCUUCGUGACGGUAGUCCUCGCCUUUGAUAGGGAAUCUCAGUUAUUCGACUUGCCCAGCAACCUCAGCAAUCCCCCGCAGGUUGGUGACGGGCCCGGUGGGGAGUCCAGGAUUUGGAGUGACUUCAUCUUCCAAGAAUUCGGGAAAGGUGAUCAGUUCAACGUGGAGACAAGCUUUGAAAGGGCUCAUUCAGACUCUAAGGGCUGUCCCGUUGAUGAGUCACCUUCACAUCGGUAUCUCUCUACUGCAAAGGCCAUGCAGAUAGACCAAUGGGUGACUGAGAGAGCUGAAAUUGAGCAAACUGAGCCGUUGCCCGAACCUGCCUCCAUGCCACAACCUGAGACUUCGUAUGAGCCUACAUCCACUACCAAUGCUAUGAAGCCACCUGGAAUCAAAUCGCGAAGGGCUGUGAAUCCGGUGCAAAACCAAUCUGCGUCCCCCUCAAAGACGGCGACAUCUAAUUGUCAGUCGCUCAAUGCCCCGGGAGAGGACAAAAGUCGAAGCCCACGAAAAAAAUGGAAAAUGAACUAUACCCCCCAGGCGCUUGAGCAAGGUCUCAUUCAGCCCAGCAAAGAAGUUGACAAGCGGGAGGGGAGCGCUCUUUGCGAUGUAGCUUCAAACAUCACUGCCACCAAGGCCUCGAGACUUCCGUCGAAUUUUGACACCACCAAGUACACCAAAACCAAGUCUAUUCCCAUUCCGUCGAACAAACCUUGGGGCAACCCCAGCCGCAGAGAAAUUAAAGCCUCGUCCACUUGGGGGACCAGAAAACCUGGGAGGCGUGACGACUUAAUUGAUACAUCCGUUCCUGCUUCCGCUGCGACCCCCAAUGCUCUGCCCCUUAUGUCCCUCGAUCAACCUGCUUUGGUCCCAGAAAAGUUGUCCGGCGACACUGUCCCCAAGCACAGCUCCGACAGUAAAGUCAUUUCAUCUGAGACCGAUCACUCGCCGAGCCUCGCUGGUCUCAAUUUUGAAACGGAUGGUUCUUCUUCUCCCGCGCCUCACAGCAUUCCAUCGAGCCAAGAAGCGGCGUCAUCCAGUACCGAUACUCAAGAGCAGGAGAAGCGACUUGGUCAGCUGAAGAAGAUUCUUCAAGACCAUAUUGUGACAGAUCGUGUCCAUGAAAUCGAUGCCUUUACUGCCCACAGGCCCAGGCCCAGGUCCAGGCCCACUCGCCAUGCCAAUCAAGUAUACGGGAAAGAAAAGCUCGAGGAAUUUGACCGCAUCCAUAGAUCAGAGAUGACACAGGUUACCGACGAAGUCGCUACCAGGAAAUACCACCACACUAUGAAGCAAAAAACUGCUAGCUUUGUUGGAAAAGCGAAAGGUAAAGCUGAGGUCAAGGCGAAAAGACAGGCCACCCUGGAAGACGCCUGGGGUUUGCUGAAAAAGCCCAUCAAAAAGACAGAUGGUACAGCGAGAAUUGAAAAGACCUCUGAAAAUCUGGCCAAAGGCGACAAAGAGUCACAGGAGAAACCAGAGAAGCCCAAGCCGCGGCGACUUCAAGCAGACGAAUUGCGUACGAACGAGGACAUCAAAAAGCUUUGUGGAGCUCUGAGGCAGACCCUGGAGGCUGCUGAAUGUUUCCCGGGUACAUUGACCCUAGAGUUACAGUUCGGCCUCUUGCUUAUUCCUUUGCUACCCAAAACUUAUAUGGAAAAGUCGGUCUCCCUUGACGAAUGGACAAGAAUUUUCCAGCCCCAAACCGGCGUUGCACCCCCAUCAACAAAGUUCAUCAGUAGACUGACGACAUCUGGAUCUGAUGCUGACCACAUUGUGGACUUGAAGACAUCCAAAGUGGAAGGCAAACGGCGCAUUUUUGAGCAAGAUGACAGCGAAUUCUGCGUUUCUUACGAAUAUCAUUGUCGAACCAAGUCUGACAAACCCAUCAUCAUCAUGGUAAAUGACCAGGGGAAACACACUCUCAAAUAUCCGACAAGCGCUCUUGGUGGAGCCAACUUGCACUUUCCCGGUCAGAUCUGGGACGCCCACUUAGGCGUGAGUGGUGGCUUUGGGUACAAAGAUGGAAGCGAUCCAGAAAUCGAGGAAGCUGCUCAGUACUUGGUCGACCAUAUCUGGGUUCCCCCGAACAGGACGCUCGUUCAGAUUUACACCCAACUCCCAGAAGGAAACAAGAUUGUCAUCGAUAAAGUUUUUAUGAAGCGUUGGACCCGUCAUCGAUACAUCCGGACUGAAGAUACCUCCCCAAAAGAUGUCGCCAACCCGGACCGGGCUUCGUCGACAGGACUGAGAUCUCGCUCUACAGCCAGUCCGGAUCCUGUGGAGACUACGAGUCAGGAUAGUCGGAACGGCGGAGUCGAAGCCAAUUCCGAUCAGGAUAUUUUCCUACAGGUGACGGAAGUUCAAAACCUCAUGAUUGGAAUCAGUGCCACGGACCCACGAGCUGUUAGAGCCCGCUGUGCAACACUGCUUAACAUGCUCAAGACAGGACGCCAGUGGUAUGAAGCUUCGUUGGUCAGCCCUGCCAUCGAGGCCAUUUUGAAAUCCAAUACCGAUCUUGAACUUGGGGAACGGACGGAUGAUUGGUGCAGUACUGAUCUUUUCGGCAAUGACGCCUCUCUUGUUUGUGAACAGCCGGCUGGCUCUGCUGAGAACCAAAUUCCCAUUCCACUAAGUCCCGUUGCAUCUGCCAUCGGUGAUGCUGGCAUCGGAAGUCUGUUUCGUCUGGCUAAGAAGAUCAUCGGCAAAAUGGACGGAGUUGGAUACUGGAAUUACAACCCCCAAGCCGACACAGACACAGUGCGCAUGCCCCCUCCCAGCUCACUCGGUAUCCCUCCUGCGGCAACCGCUCUCACCGUGGCAUCUCUCAAGAAUCUUACGGCCAAGCCUGAGCCAAAAAGCUUCAGCUUUGAAGAGUUGGAGAGCAUCAAAGAUGUCGGCAGCGCCACUAUGGAGGUUGCACUCACCAAGAAGUCCUCUCCCAUCCCUUCUACCAAACCGAUGGAAAAGAUUAACGAGGUAGACUACUGGUGA